AAAGUGUGAAGAAAGACGAUACGUUUAUUGCGGAUUUAAACAUGAAUGUGUAUUUAUUAUUUUUUAUGUGACCGUGUUUGUAUAAAGUGUUUUCAUAUCCUUGAACGGUUUUCUCCCGUAAGGAAUCAUGGCAGCUGAGGUCCGAAAACGCAAUACGAACGCAAACGGCGAGGGAAAUAUCGAGCAACCCAGCGAACCGGAAGUGACGACGCUCAAGCGAAAUGUUGGUAUCGUUAGUGGAACCUCCUUUAUUGUGGGCAGUAUAAUAGGCUCCGGAAUAUUCAUUUCGCCUAAGGGGGUGUUAAAAGGCACUGGUUCCAUCGGCCUCAGUCUCGUAGUAUGGGCGGCCAGUGGCGUGAUCUCGUUGCUAGGCGCGCUUUCGUAUGCGGAGCUGGGGACGAUGAUCCCGAGGUCCGGGGGCGAGUAUGCCUACUUCUAUGACGCCACUUUCCCCUUCGUCGCCUACAUGUACAGCUGGACUCGCACCAUCGUCCUUCAACCGUCAGGUCUGGCGAUCAUCUGCAUGACGUUGGCCUCCUAUAUGGUCACGUUCUUUGAAUACUGUGGUACGCCCAUUCCACCGGAGAAAACUAUUGCUUGCGUCGCCAUUCUGACAAUUUGCAUCAUUAACUGUUACGACACGUCCUGGGCGGCAUACGUGCAGGUAUUCUUCACCGUCUGCAAGCUGGUUCCCCUCGCCAUCAUCAUCAUAGGGGGAUUCGUUAAAAUGGGACAAGGCGGCCACACUGAGCUGCAAGACGGCUUCAAGGGCACGACCGGAUCCGUUUCCUCCGUGGCUCUGUCCUUCUACGACGCCAUGUGGGCUUAUGACGGAUGGAACACCUUGAACUUUCUGACUGAAGAACUCAAAAACCCGUACAAAAACCUGCCACGAGCCAACGUGUUCGGCGUCGUAUUGGUUACGAUCGUGUACGUCCUGGCCAACAUAUCGUACCUGGUUGUGCUCUCACCCGCCGGCCUUCUGGCAUCCGACGCCGUCGCCGUCGACUGGGGCAAGGCGAUGCUGGGUAAGGCCUACGUCAUCAUGCCGAUCGCGGUGAUAUUCUCCACGUUCGGGGCGGCCAACGGACUCUGUUAUUCCUCGGGCAGACUCGUGUAUGCCGCUGCACGUGAUGGUAAUCUACCGGAAGUGCUGUCAUACGUUCACGUGAAGCGCUGUACGCCACUUCCGUCAAUAGUCCUCACUUGUGUAAUAGCCAUUCUGAUGAUCAUCCCGGCCAACAUCGGUCAGCUUGUGGAUUUCUUCAGUUUCUCGGCCUGGCUCUUCUACGGCACAUGCGUUUUCUGUGUGGUCAUCCUCCGUAUACGCAAACCUAACGCCGAGCGCCCUAUCAGGGUGUUCAUACUGAUCCCUAUAGUGUUCACGCUGUGCUCCAUAUACCUUGUGGUGGCCCCUAUAGCGCAGAACCCCAGUCUCGAGUUCCUCUGGGCCGCCGUGUUCAUCGUCGGCGGCCUUGUGUUCUACUUACCUUUUGUCGUCUUCAAGCUGGACAGGGGAUGCUUCGACAAGGUCACCACAUUUUUGCAACUGUUGUGCGAGAUCGCUCCAAGCCCAUACGUUCCUGACAACUGAGGACACACUUAGUGAUGAAACAUGUGUUUGUUCAGCAAAUCAUCAACCAUGUACUGUAGCCUGUUGUUGCAGUGGUAACACUCAGAAAGAUUAUAUUACAUGUACAAAUAUUUUAACAUUGACAUCCGAAUUUAGCCUCGAAAUCGAAAGCUCCGAUGAUGAACAAUAAACAUUAUCUGUCUUACAUAUUAGGCUAUAUAUUGAAUCAGCAUCAUAUUUAUAUUAAAAAAAUGAUUACCGAUAUGUUCUACACUGUUGUGUGCAUACAUGCUUCUGAUGUUUUGUUUAAAAUAAUUUCAUGUUUUCACUGUUUCAAAUUGUGAGGUUGAGAAAUACAUUAUUUCAUAUGAAUAUAAUAUUCUACAGUUAGGCAUUACGUGAUGUUAAAGAAAAUUAUGUCACACAAAUAGGAUAGGAAAGCUUGUGUAUAUAAUUGUAUUUUCAGUGAAGACUUAUCUCAUUUAUAUUGUGAAUAUAUUGUUGAGAAUUUGUUUUUGUUUUUAUCAGUAUUAAAUGUAUUUGUAUCAGAAUGUGUAUAUAUAACUUUGUUAAUGAAUGUAUAGUUUUACAAACUGCCUAUGAUUUAGUUUCAUGUUAUGAUGAUAAUUUGAUAAAACAACAAUAGUUUAUACACAAUUCAACUUUAUAUCAAGCUACAAAAUAUUUUAACGUAUGACUAUGUUGUAUACUUAACACAGCGUGAACAUAGUUAUAAUUGUAUAACAAAGUAUACUUAUUUUCCUUAUAAAUCGAAUAAAAUUGAAUGGAUGUUUAUUAAUGCGUAACAAACUGUUUCAUGUGUAUACUAGUAAUAAAAUUAUUUUUGUGUUUAUAUUGUGUUGAAUAUUUUGUUGGUUAACAUUAAAACACACGUAUGAUAAAUUGUCAGCCAUCUUAACUGCUCGUUUGGCUGCCAUAUUGAAAUUGUAAUCUUGUGCAUAUUUCAGAUUUUUCAAAUGUUCACACCAUAAUAAUAAAUACAAAUUUAUUUAUAAAACGUUGA